GAUACUUGGUUAUGCAACGUAAAGUCACAUGGUCUUUAGCAAUAACAGCAACAUUAUUUGUUCCAGAUAAAUCGAUCAAGAAUGGCCACAAACGCAUCCGAUAUUGAAAUCAAAACGUUCAAAGAUUUCUUUAUUAAUUAUAACAAAUUGGCCGAAAUGUGUUUCAUGGACUGUAUACAUGAUUUUACCUUUCGUGAAGUAUCGAAACGAGAAGAAAAAUGUGCUGAAAAUUGUUUUGAUAAAUUUGUCAAAUUAAACAAUCGUAUUAGUCAACGUUUCCAAGAGAUACAAUUUGCUCAACAUGAAACCAUUUCUGCAUCAAUUUCGAAAUAGUUUUCAAAUCUAUCAUAGCUAUUCGGAUCGAUUCCAAAAAAUAGUACCAUCAUCAUCAUCAUUAUUGUUUUGUCUCGUUUGUUUAUAUACAAAAUAAUACAUUCGCUAUACAAUGAAUGAGGUCAAUGUAAUAAUCCUUUUUUUCCUAAA